AUGGGUUCAAUUGUAGAAGGACUUUACUUUGAAAAACUUAUCAUAUGUUUACCAUUAUGCACAGAUCAAUUUUCAAAUGCAAUUUCAAUCUAUCAUUCAGGAGUUGGAGAAUCAUUAUUUGUACCACCAUCUCUAUGGAAAUUAUUUUUAAAUCCACUUGAUUUUCAUGAUUAUGUAUUUUCAGCUAGUGAUGUUACAACAAAACUAUUAGCAAUAUGGAGAAAUACUUCAUAUGAACAAGCAGUUCGAAUGAUGUCACUCGAAAUAAAACAUGCUGGUGGUGUAAGAAAAGCAGUAGAAGAAAUUGAACAUUUUGUCAAUUUGAAUGGUAGUUUAGAUCGGUAUAAACCAUUUUACAAUACACUUUCAUUCUAUCAACGAUAUUUACUUGAUAGAAUAUUUGUUUGUAUUUUUUUACCUUCAAUGAUCAUAUAUUAUUUAUGUGUGAAAUAUUGUAACAGAAAUCGAAAAGCAAAAAAAGAUUAA